AUGGCCGAUGGAGACUUCAAUCCCUCUGAGGUGGGUCAGAUGGUCAACUGCACUCUUUUCUGUACCGUCCUACUGCCUAGUUAAAAGCCCCAAGUAAUCCUAGUUCACAUUGGUUGUUUGCUUUCAUUUGCCGUCAAGUCUAAGACUGGUAUGGAUGGCCGGCUGGUUUAAAAAGCGAAUAGCAGCCCCCGUCUUCUUUUAAGUCCAUUGUUUCAGGCUUUUGGUUUUCCCCUUUUGAUUUUGGCAGCGUCUCAUCACCACUAAUUUUCACCAGUUAUCCAACUGACGUACUAGUACCCAUUUUUCCUCUAGUUGUUCGGUGAUCUUGAAGAACAGGAGGCCAACCCUGGUGAUCAAGAGAAACGCCUCUUCCUAAAAGACAGUAAGUCCACCAAUUCGGCUGUAUGUUUGGGUGGGUGAGACGUUCCAUGGCCACUACGCCGAUGGUGCUCAUGGUGACAUUAUGUAUAUAUAUAUAUAUAUAUAUAUAUAUUCGAUCAGGAAAGGGCGCACACCGAUUUAUUGGCCUCACGAAGCAAACAAGCUCCGUAUGUGUGGCAAAGGUCACGAACAGGCAACCAAUUACCAGGCCAAAGUCGGCCAAGUCAUAAUAGCAGCAAGGAGGGACGACGGAGAAUGCGGGUAGAUUGAUACAGUACUGUUUCGGGCUUAUUGUGCCUUCAUUCAGCCAAUCAUAACCCUGAGCACCCGCAGCUGGCACCAGAAACACAAACAUGCGCACAGACGCACCUGGCGAAGUCGAUCCACCACUGAGGCCUACCAGAUGGGUCAUAAGCACUUCAUCGAACCGAAGUUCAUCAGUGCCUCGCCACCUGUCAUCCUCUGUCGCUGCAGAUCGGGUAUUUAUUCAAUCAGGAAAGGGCGCACACCGAUCUAUUGGCUUCACGAAGCAAACAAGCUCCGUAUGGCUGAAUGAAGGCACAAUCAGCCCGAAACAGUACUGUAAGAACGAUCGGUGAGCACCCCCUACCACUAUAUAUAUGUAUAUAUAUAACCCAGCCACGCCGGAAUGUUCGGUGAGGGCAGUCAACCAGAACCCACCCUCUCACUGUUUUUAUUAAAACCAAGACAGUCUCUCUAUUGGAGUUCAUGCCUCCUAAUGCUCUUUUCCUCUAACGUUUUUUAGUCCGGUCAAUGUUGUACGCCUUUGGUGACGUGGAAUCCCCCCUGCCGGAGACCGUCGCUGUUCUCGAGGAGAUAGCCGUUCAGUACAUCAUCGACAUGGUAUUUGCCUAUACGGCGUUUUUAACUGUUUAAACAACUUUUUUCAAUCAAUUCGGACAAAGCGAUGAACCCAUGACUCCACUGUGGAGUCCUGGUUCUAGAUCCGCGUACUCUCGAUCUGGGUGUUGUACUCCCGCGUAGCUGACGAUGGCUACGAAGCUAGAAAGUGCCCUUUCUGCCGUCCUUGUCCUUGGUGAUAACACUUCUCGUUAGGAUGUUUGUGGGAAAAAACUCCGUUCUAUGAGAGGCAUGUGCCGAUGAGUCAUUCCCUCUCCUGAUCGAGUGCUGUUACCUCCAGGGGGUCAUCCAGGCACGUUACUACUUGCAUCUUUACGCUGCUCUUUCACUCAAAUAUAAAACCAAUAAGAUGAUGACGAUAUUGCCCUUGUAAACGUCCACCAGCUGUUGGAAGACAUGCGUAUCCAACGUGACGGCCUUAGUGACCAGCAAGUCUGCGCCCGAGUCCGCCUUCGGUCAUCAUGACUCCGUCUUGCCAUCGAAGUGGGCCGGGCAGGGAGUUAGGGGUGCAGUGGACGCUGCGCAAGUCGCCACCCCGCGCCUUCUCCGUAGAGCAUAAUGAGGACUUCGGCACUCGCGACAACCGAAAGGCCAGUUAUCAAGGCGUAGUUGACCAUGCAGUGGGAACAGUCCUCAUUGACAUCACGAACUCUGCAACUUUACAGCCCGAACCAACCCUUCUGAUACUGUCCCACUGUUCUGCGAUGCCGCCAUACACGGCCGUCUGCUCUACGACUUUCUGUGAGCCGGAUUGAAAAGUCAGUGUUUGUCGGAGCUGCCAUUUACAGUGGCUUUAAACUGCUCGCAAUGGCUCUGCGAAGUGAUCGUGCGCACUUAAAAAAACUGUGGUUUUCCAACUCUGCAUGCAACCUUUUUUCGGUGUGAACAGAAGUAAAACUUGCAGUAGGCCUACACUGGCGAAUCAAAAUCGAGUAUGGUAUUGGGCGUUAGCCGUUUGAGCCAUUUUAGGCUCCACGAAUCUUCGUAACUAGAAAAAAAAUGUGUGGCAGUCUGAAACUUGCGUGGUCAGGGAAUUAGUUUUCCAAGUCUGAACCGAACCACUAUCGACCCACCACCCCUUCCUCCUCUCUUCCGAAUUCGUGUCGACUGCUCGAACUGCCGAGCCAAUGUCACAUUUGCAUGCUCAAACAUUAUAAACAUGGUUCCUACUUAGUAGAAAGCUCCUCCUAUCUAAAACCCCCGAGAGGCCGCCUGACUUUUUCUUAAAAUACUGCCUGUAUGUUCGUCUUGCUGCGCUUGUACCUAGUCGCGUCGCGCUCUGGAGACCGGACGGGUCGGCAAAAUCACGGUCGAGGACGUCGCCUACCUGGUGAGGAAGGAAUCACGCAAGUUCUCCCGCGCCAAGGAACUGCUCCUGGUCAGCGAAGAGUUGAAGCGUGCAAGGAAGGCCUUCAAAGACGACGAAUUCAACAUUGCCCGCUAG